UACAGAUUGAGUUGAAGACAAAUAUGUUUGCAGAGCCAUUUCAGACAGUCAAGAGAUGUACUGACUGUAAUGCGUGUUUCACAACUAAGUACUCUCAGCCAGUUCAUAAGACACUGAUUAGUGGGUUUAUUCCUAGUGAUUUAUCAAGCCUGCAUUCAGUUUAUACUACUGUGCUGAGAUCUCCUGAGUCAGAGUCUGGGGGUUUUAACAGCAUGAACGAACUCUUGCUUGACGCUGAAGCUCAACCGGUCAAUCAUGCAAAUCCCCAAGCAGAGACAAUCAGAAAAGGCAAACUAAAAAUUGUAGAGACAAUUGAUAAGAAAUGGGAAGAGAAUGGAGGCAAAGAUGGGAUCACUCGCAGUGAAUUCUCUGAUAAAAUCCACUCCGAAAACUAUGAUAGAAUAGAAAAUGAAAUUUCUAAGAGAAACCAGCAUUUGACUUACUUGAGAGUUGUUUUUCAAAACUUGAUUGACCUUGAAAGUGAAAUUGAGUAUUAUAAGAAGGACUUUCACGUAGCUUUGAAGUCAGAUAAGCUAGCAAAGAGUAACUCGAAUCAGUACCCCAUCAGCUUCACUAAUCUGAAGCUUGCUUAUGAUAAUCUGUUCAAAAAUUAUAGGUUUGGAUGAGCUAAUCGUAAACUUGAGAGUUUUGCGUCUAUAAAUAAGCAAAUGAAAUACGCUAACCAGAUAUUCAAAAAGUCUAAUAAAUCGAUAGCUUCCAAGGAGCUUUUUGAGAAUCUGACAAAUGACCAGAAGAGGGACCUUAAGUCCUUCCAUAGAAUGAGGUUCACCAAAUUGCUUAGAGAUGGAACUAUAGUCAACCUCAAUAGGAUGCCUGAGCUAGAGUCUAUCAAGAACAACCUUGGUGUUACUUUCUUUGAGGACCAGAACUAUAAUAUUCAAGGCCAAGUUAUAUUUAAGGAUAGGCCAAAGACAGCAAUGUGUGGAGCAGCGAUUAAGAACACUAAGAGUUCCAUCUUGGUAGUCUUUAUCUUAACCUUUAGCUAAAAUUCACGAUAAAGCAGGAGGAGAUACUGUCAAUUAUGAAGAAGGACCCUAACAAAUCUGUUCUAUAUGGAGACGUCCUUGAGUUCAAUGUGGGAAAGCUCUCGACUAUCAUCAGCAAUCUGUUCAGAGUCAGGGCUGGAAAUUAAAGUGAGAAG